GCUCUGAAUCCUGUUCCCCCCACCAUAUUAUAUCCCACCUUAUUACCGCGUCGCGAGCAAAACAACGGAAAUACAGCCAAAAUGGUCGAGAAGGUCUACGUCACGUAUAAUCAGGUGCACAAAUUGUGCCAGGAAGCCGCCGAGCAGAUCCUCAAUGACUUCAAGCCCACGCUCAUGAUCGCCAUUGGCGGCGGCGGCUACGUCCCCGCGCGCAUCCUCCGCUCCUUCCUCAAGCGGCCCGGCCACCCCAACAUCCCCAUCCAAGCCAUCGGGCUCUCGCUAUACGAGCAGCUCGGCGGCUCAACAGACCCCGACAUCGAGAAGCCGGGCACAAAAGUGACGCGCACGCAAUGGCUCGACCUGUCAUCCUUGGAGAUGGCGAACCUGAUCGGCAAAAACGUGCUGAUCGUCGACGAGGUGGACGACACGCGCACGACGCUCGAGUACGCGGUGCGCGAGCUGGAAAAGGACGUCGACGCCGCGGUGCAGAAGAGCGGGCGUCAGGCCGAGAAGACAACGUUCAGCAUCUUCGUCCUGCAUAAUAAGGAUAAGGCGAAGAAGGGCGUGCUGCCCCAGGAGAUUCUGGGCGGGAGGUAUGCGGCGGCUAGGACGGUGGGGGAUGUUUGGAUCAAUUAUCCUUGGGAGGCUACCGAUAUCGAUGAACAUGAUCGCAUGUCGAGGGAGCAGGAGUCGAAGCAGUAGUUAUUUACUGUGAGGCGAAUAAGUCGAUAGACGAGAAGCGAAGCGAAGCGAAGCGAAGAGGAAAAGUGAGCAUUUCGGCAUCUUGAGCAUUUGCAGGCAGGACAGGACAGGACAGGACAGGACAAGGGCAGGGAUUACGGAUAUACAGGAGUUUAGUGGACC